AUGAAACCACACAACAAUAUUGUUGGUGGCAGUAAUACUACAGCAUUAGACUACCAGUAUAGUAGUUUUCAAAAAAUCAAUCAAAAUAAUAAAUCAAAUACAACAUCAAUAAUAAUAAAUCAAAGACUACAAUCAUAUUAUAUAAUUUAUAAUAACUUUAAUAAUAAAAAAUAA